AUGGUCAACGGUACAGAGGGACUGAUGGCACCAUCCGAGAGUCAUGAUGUCAAUUUCGAUGAUCCGCAGAACACAAUAAUCAUCUACAUGAACUACUGUUUUCUUUUCUUCCAGUUUCUUGUUAUUUUUUGUAUUCUUGUGCAACUUGUUUACGGCAAAAGCUGUGAACGACGCUUUCGGAUUUGUAUUAUCCUUCCAGCAUGCGCACUUACGGCGGCUGCCGGAUUACUAAUUGCUAUUGAAGAUGCCACCCAGAAUAACACCCUUGUUUUCGCUGCUGUGUUACUCUUGAUCUUAGGAACCGCUGUCGCAAGGUUAGAGAUCUCCAUUGCCUACUGCCGGGUACUUCAGACCAGCGAGUUGGCUCAAAAUGUUAUCCGCUUAGCAGGCGGUUUGGUGGUCAUCAGCUCCAUAGCUGCAUGGUUCGGCCUUCUGUUUGCUUGCAAGACAAUCGACGCGGCGUGGAACCUUCGACCGUCUGGAGAAGCUCAAUGUAUUGAUCGCUAUCGAUUCCACAUAUUACAAGCUGUCACCGGGAUUGUGGCAGAUGUCACGGUCAUGGUUGUCAUGUUGACCCUCUGCUUUCCGCUCCAACAGUCGUUGAAGAUCAAAGCGGUUAUCCUUGCACAACUCAGCAGUGGCAUACUUCUACCGAUUCCUGCUGUGGCUCGGCUUGCUAUCUUAGCUACUAGACACGAAGACACUGGCACGACGUUUGUACCGGCCCCAGUCAUACUGUGCUAUGUCAUUGAAGCCAACCUCGUCAUCGCCUACAGUUCAGUACCAAGCUUAAAGGAGUUUGUCAGGGAGUUCGCAAACAAGUGGUUUCGAGACGCAGCGUCUAUGGUGAACAGUGCGAUGGGCGGUCGUCAAGGCGGGAUGUUUCGGGAAAGCAUUUCAUGCCUAGGUGGUGGUGGUGGGUCAACGAACAGAACCGGUUCAGUUGCCGGUGAUUCAGCCCGGCAAGGAAGUCAGAUCGAGCUGACUGGUUGGACUGUUGGAUUGAGAGGCCCAUGA